CGAGAGCUUUCUACUAGUUAAUUACCACUAAAAUAAAGAACUGAGGACUUUUUAAUUUGCACUCAACAAUGGCGGUGUAGUGGAUUUAUUUCAAAAAUCUUCCGGUUGGUUUUUAGGUCUUUAACAUGGACGCCGGACGGGGAAAGCAGGCGCCGUCGAAGUUCUCGGUGUACCAGAACCCAGCUCUCUCAGCUGCACUGACUUCCAACAGCCUCCGUCCUCGCAAGUCCACUUUCCUAUUUAUCCUCUCUCUCUUAUCGGCCUCCGCCAUUGCGCUCUUUACCGCCACCUCGAGGAAAAUUGGAACCACCGAGACUCUUGUGCUUAGCGUUGUUACAACACCCGAAGAAUCUUGGUUGUUAUUGAAACUUAUACAAGUAAUCACGGGUAUAGUUUUGCUCGGCUCGGUGCUUGCUCUUGGCAAAGCUGUUUCAGUGUGGAGGGCGAGAACUGCUACAGAAGUGAAGAUUGUUUCUGGUUCUAAUGGAAAGGAGGAGCAAGUUAGUCUUACACCCCGACAACUUGGACUGAUUGGAAUGAAGCCUAAAGCUGAACAGCCUGCUGUUGAUUCUGCUAAGAAACCCCCCAAGUCAAAGACUAAAUCUCCUUCGGAAAUGCUGGUUCCACUUCAUCAGCCAAUCAAUGUUUCUAAUAAUUCAUCCAGAAUAAGGAGUGACUCAGGGAUCAGUGGUGGGAAUAGCACUUUCAGCACUCCAUCAAAGUCACCUUCUUCACCAUCUAUGUUUCUUGUCUCGGCACCCACUGCCCAGUUAGCAACUAUUCAGAAUUCACCCGGUUCAGAUAAACUUCUGGCUAGUCCUUGGUCACGCAAACAUACUUCUUCUCACAAGGAGAUAACAAGUGAAGAAGAGUUUGAAAACUUCUUGGCUGAUACUGAUGAGAAAUUUUCUGAAUCAGCUAGCAAAUUAGCAACUCCUCCUCCAACCAUCAAUGGGUUCGGCAGAGCCAGUCCUAGCAAAAUCGUAGGUUCAGCUAACACUUCUGGAACUACCAGGAGUACACCACUGAGACCAGUUAGAAUGUCACCUGGAUCACAGAUAUUUUCUACACCGCCAAAGAAAGGGGAGGUUGAUCUACCUCCUCCUAUGUCCAUGGAAGAGUCAACAGAAGCUUUUCAACUUCUAGGAAUCUAUCCUGAGAUUGAACAUUGGCGUGAUAAUCUUAGACAAUGGUUUUCUUCAGUCGUGUUGAAUCCUCUUCUUAUCAAAAUUGAUACGAGUCAUGAAAAGGUCAUGAAGACAGCUGCCAAACUGGGUUUUACAGUUACAAUCAGCCAAGUAGGAAGUGAUGCACCAGGUGGAGGUGCUACUGCCUCAGUAUCUCCAAUUAAGGCGACUAAUGAAUGGCAGCCGGCCGUUGUGGUUGAUGAGGAUGGUGUUCUGAAUCAGUUGAGGACCACUCUUAUUCAAGCAUUAGAUGCUUGCUCGUUUAAGUCACCUUAUGGGAAUUUCCAGCCAUCACCGCAGCCGAAUUUGUCAGUCCCCCUCCUACAAGAGUGUAUAGAUGCAAUAACAGAACAUCAGAGACUCAAUAGCCUAAUGAAAGGAGAAUGGGGCAAGGGUUUGCUACCACAAAGCUUUGUCCGGGCAGAUUAUACUGUACAAAGAAUUCGAGGUAAUACUAUUUUUUUGUGAUUGUUUACUAAAUCUAUCACAGUUGACGGACUGCUGCUCUGUUCGGCAAUAUUGAUACUCCUAAUACACGUGGAACUUUCAUAGUUAAUCACACAUCUUUUCACAGAACUUGCCGAAGGAACCUGUGUUAAAAACUAUGAGUACCUUGGAAGCGGAGAAGUCUAUGAUAAAGUACACAAGAAGUGGACUCUGGAGCUUCCUUCAGAUUCUCAUUUGCUUUUGUAUCUAUUCUGUGCUUUUCUGGAACACCCAAGUUGGAUGCUACACGUUGAUCCCACAUCUCAUGCUGGAACACAAUCGAGCAAAAACCCUUUGUUUUUAGGCGUUCUGCCUCCAAAGGAAAGAUUUCCUGAAAAGUAUGUAGCUGUUGUGUCUGGUGUUCCUUCUGUGCUGCAUCCAGGAGCUUCUGUAUUGGCAGUUGGAAAGAAAAGCCCUCCUAUUUUUGCCUUGUACUGGGAUAAAAAGCCUCAAUUCUCUCUCCAGGCAAGUGAAGUUAGCAUAGGGUUGGGAUACAGUUAGAAACUUUACACGUUCCAGAAAUCAAAUAUUAAUAAAAUAAGUAACAACUUGAUAUAGUGCGGAAAAUAUGAAGCAUGUUUACUUGCACAUGUUCAUGGUAUAGGCUUCUUCAUAAGGCUCAUUAGGGAAUCUACAGUAUUUAACCUCCUUGAGCCCGGAAGAAUGUUAGUUCAUGGAACAUUUUUAGAAUUUUACUUACAUAUGAAGGCCUAUUCUUGGCUGGGAGAACAAACUACCCAAUCUUGUUAAUUAGUAAUCCUAAUUGCGUACCUUGAGCUCUGAAGAAUGGGGGUGAAUAGUUAGUUGAAGACCUUACUUAGAGAAGAAGACCUAUGGUUGGUUUAGGAUCUCUGAUUGAGUAUAUAUUGUUUUUAAAUGCUCAAACUAAGAAGCAGUAUCUGUUCAGAAUUUUGCUAGUUUGAACAUCAAGAUGGCAGUUACUUUUGAUUUUUGAACAGUCAAAUGAUACAGAUAUGUAGCUUUCUUAAUUUUGAGUACUCUGUAUUUGUUGUCUGUUUUACUAGGGUUCCUUUUUGUUGUUGUAGAUGAUUUAGUAGGCCUUUGAAGUUUUACAUGCAUUGAUUUUGCACAGGGAAGGACAGCAAUGUGGGACUGUAUCUUGCUUUUGUGCUACAAGAUUAAAACUGGGUACGGAGAAGUAGUCCGCGGAAUGCAUCUUGGAUCAUCAGCACUUGGGAUUCUCUCAGUUCUUUAUCCGGAAACUGACGACUGAAAAUCUCCUAAGAUGUUCACCUUUCCUGUCGAAAAGGACUAUGCUGUCUCUGAAGAAUGAAUCAAGACGAAGUUAUCCAUUCCCCGAUUCAUUGGAUUGCGGAGAGUAUCUGACCUGCCAGAUCUAACAUGAGGAUGGUGAUUUACGUCUGUCUAGCUGACAUUUUGAAGGAAUACAAAUUAACAUGAGAUGGAAACAUUUUUCUUAGGUUUAGAGUGAUCAUAGCUGUAGCUUGUAGGCUAUGGGACGACGUACAUACUAUGGGAAUGCCCUCUUUGAACUUUCUCCAACUUAUUGCUGUUUGUAAUAUUUUUGAAUUUCAAUGGUGAUAUUUCUCUGACCCUUAAUGUAUUCUUUCAGAGCUUCAUAAUUCGAAUCACAGUUUUAGUACCUUAAAAAAUAAAAAGGGCCAUAAGUUUGUAUAAACUUAUGAAGUUUUUUAUUUUUUAAUCUUUUGGUUUACCAAUUUAUGAAGUUUUA